UGGUUACUCUGCCCUCGGAGGAAGAUGGCUAAAAACUUUGAAAUGUUGAACCUAUAUAUGAAGACUGGGGACACCCUGAAGCUCAAGGGCAAGAUAUCUGAUGAUGCAGAAAGCUUCAGCAUCAAUCUUGGCUGCAGCUCCUCAGACUUGGCACUUCACUUCAAUCCCCGCUUCAACGAGUCUGUCAUCAUCUGCAACUCCUUGUCCUCCAACACCUGGCAGACAGAGCAUCGUGAUGACCACCUCAGUUUCUCUAAGGGCUCCACUGUCGAGUUUGCCAUUGAAAUGAAGGCAGACAAAUUCGAAGUGAAGCUGCCAGAUGGGCAUGAUGUGGAGUUCCCCAACCGGCACAGCUACGACAAGGUCACAUAUAUGAGCAUCAAGGGAGGCUUCAGGGUCACCUCCUUCAAGCUGGACUGACAGACACCACUUUCUAGCUCUAAU